AUGUCUGAUGUUAUUUUAGAGAACUUGGAAAGCAAAAAUAAAUGUGAUAAAAAAUUCGAGACACUUGUUACCAUUGAACGUACGACGAAACUUGACGAUGUUGGCUCGUCAGUCGCUGACGAAGAUGACUCCGAUCAAUUCACGGACUGGACUGAAGAGGACGACGACGAUGAUGACGUGAACAGUCAAAAUUUGGACGACGAACCUUUGGAAUUGAAUGGGAAGAGAUAUUGCGGAGAUGGAGAAGAACAGCCUACGAAUUCCGAGGCAAAAGAUGAUGAUGAGGAUCGCAAAAAUCCUGCCUAUGUUCCCAGGAAGGGCGCCUUCUUCGAACAUGACUUGAGGAGAGGAGGAGAGGAGGAAAUAGUUCACAAGAAGACUGAAAACAACUCGAAAACUAAAUUUAAAAGUCGUUCCGCCAGCAGGACCUCCAGACUGAGUGCAUGGAAUGGAGAACAAGGAAAAUGGGAACAUGAUCGUUUUGAUGAGAAGUCUCAGCGUCCAAAAUCAGUUCAUGAGCUGGUGACCAUCUAUGGCUUCAACAUUCGCAAGAAUGAAAAAAUGUUCAACUCAUUUGGAAAAUCAACUUCAUACAGAAGGAAAUAUAGAAUCCCGUUGUACAAAGAGUCAGGUAGACACCAAAACUUCAACGGCAACAUCAACGAGACGUUAGACAAUUGCGUCUAUAACUGCAAGCGUUACAACAAAUCCUACUCUAAAAGUCCAACCAUCCGAACACUGAUUGUUGUGAACAACUCCGCAACUGUCGUUGUUGAAGGUGACGGAAAGGAGUUGGACAAGUAUAAUGGCGAUGGUCAGUCAGGUAAGAAAGUGACCAUAAGAAGUAGGAGCAACUUUGAGGAUAGCAACAAGACAAACUGCAACAACAGCAACAACAACAAAUUUUUCUUGGAAGGCCCUGCCAGAAACCAACCGACUAACUGCAACAACAACGGUUCAUUCAACAGCAACAGCAGCAGCAGCAACAACAACAGCAUUAACUACAACCCUAAUUACAAUUAUAAAAACAACAACUUUAACUACCAGCAUGAUUACCACAGCCACAACAACAACAGCAAUAACAACAACUUUUAUGACAACAACCAUCAUAGCAACAACAACAACAACGGUGACCCAAAAAAAGUCACUUACAACAAAAACUGCAAUUUUGUGGAAAGAUCGAAUGAUUUCAAGAAAGUGAGACAAAACAGUCUCUGUAGCAAUGGUAGUCAGAGCAGCGGCAGCAGUAACAACAGUAGCGGAAGCGUUUGUAGCGCAGGCGAAAUUACUCCUUCUUAUGUAAGAGGUGGUGCUUCAGCUAGGUUUCAGAGAAAAAAAAGAAAAUUUACAGUUGGCUCUGGAAGGAUUCUACCAAUGGUAAACUGGGUGAAAGGUAAAAAGAUGGAUGACGAGGAAACUAAGGAUGAUGACGUCAAUGAUAAAGGAGGCAAUUUUCACGGGGAUAGAAGUGAAAGUUAUGGAAAUCCCCAUCCCAACAGAUACGACAACCAGUUCAACUACAACAACGGAUCUCAAAUGUGGGAAAAACCGGAUAGUUACGGAUACAAAGGCAUGGGAUUUCCAAUAAGAGGAAGGUACAGAGGAUUUGGCAGAAAACUCCAGCACCCAAGAAUCUAUCCCAGGUUCAGUAAUCACCCUCAAGAUGUCAGACUCAUCAUAAUGUGUGGUAAUGAUGGUCCUGCUGAAAACGCCGGCGAAAACUGCAGCAAUGGUAAUAAUAAUAAUUUCAACAAGAGCAAUAACAACAACAAUUACAGCAGUACCAACAACAACAACAUUAACAAUACUACUACUAAUAACAAUAACGGUUUAUGCUCUGGCGGAUUAAAUCACAAUGGCGAUAAUAAUAUUAGCAGCUCCUCGAAGCAGAGUAUGAGUGUUGAUGUUAAAAAGUGCCAGAUCAUAUCGAAACCAACAAACAUUUUGUUGGACAUCCUACCUCCAGUUACAUGUUGCGCACAAACGCGCAAUCAAAAGUCAUCAUCCUCACCAUCCUCAUCAUCUUCAUCCUCAUCAUCUAAUUCUACUGCUUCUUGUCUAUACAGUAUUGCCAACAGUAAUGUUGAUGGUAGUACAAAUAACGGCAAAAAUAUCAGCAUAAAAUCAACUGACGGUAAUAACAACAAUUCUAAAGUGGCUCCUACUGCAAAUGUUAAUAGUAACAAUUUUACUAAGAACAACGCGCAGCAAAUUAAUCCUCCAAAAGUGGUUGAUGUCAGCGGUCUGAAGAGUGGCGACACCACUGAGUCCGUCGUCCCAAAGUCUGAAAAGUUGGAGCAAGUGGUCCAACCGAAGAGGUACUCUUUCCAGAGAACUGACAACAAAGUUAUGGAUGUGAAAGCCAGCAGGCCCUCCCUACACCCUCGCCUGCCCAUCCCUCCAAGAAAUCGAGUAUUUCACCCGCACGCCUACCCACCUCCCAAUCCCUACGUGCCAACUACGACAUUCAUCUUACCUGCCGGAUCACUUAUGCCCCCACGCAACCUGCCUUUCAAUGGAAAGUUCAACAACAACAACAACAACAACAACAACAACCUCAGUUCUAAUUCCAACAACAACAGCCACUGCAGCCAAGGUAGUAACAGCAUGGGUAACUUCUACAACCAACAGCAAAUUGUUGCUUUUCCUAUUCGCGUGACUCCAAUGCCGAUCAUAAUUGCUCCUCAAAAUUUGAGGCAACAACAACAGCUACAUAAAAAUUUUAACUUUCAACAUUCUCCGAACUACAUGCAACAACAGCAACACAGCCACAACUUGCAGUCAGGUGGGCGGACACUUCCACAUACUUUCAAACCUGCAGUUGUGACGAGUGUAUCAACGUUUGUAGCAUCUUCAACAAAGUUGUCAACAUCUGUGACAUCACCUACAACUUCCAUCACAGCAAAGUCAUCAGAUUCAACCAGCUCAUCAGUUGCCAAGCCAGUUUCUAUUGCUAUUUCAACCAACGCAUCUGAGACAGCAUCACCACAACCACCACCAACAACAACAGCAGAGGUUGUUGCAUCAACUACAGCCACAACCUCAACAACUGCAACAUCAACUGCCACCACGUCGACUUCAACAUCGUCGACAACAACAAUCGCGUCUCUAGUCCAGUCGAAACUUUCACCUCACGCGGCAACAUUCAAAAGCAUGCAGCAGGACCAACAGACCAGCAACAAUUACACCAACUGCCUCGCUUCAACCAUCACCACAUCCAUCAUCAACAACAACAAAAACUAUAAAUACGGCAAAGACUUCAGAAACAUCGGCAACAAAAAAUGUUCAUACGAAGUGUCUUCCGUUCCCGCAAAACCUUGGAACUACGGGGGAUCAACCAGGGCGUGUCCCAUCGAAGUUCGUGGCGGGACGGUUUAUUUUUCUCCGGAACUUCAACUUCAAUAUCGUCGCUGUCCGUCUGCUUCCAAAUCAAGAAACGCGAAGAGCAUCUUCAACCUUGCGUCUGGUAACAUUGUCAUACUCGAUAGCGAGAAGCAACUGGACUGCAUACUGUCCACCGAUGAGAAGAAUGAAAUCAUGAAGAGAGUGAAGAAGAUCAUCACGAUCGUUGAUCCGAGAAGUGUCGAAGAAACGAACAAUAAUAAUAAUAAUAAUGAUGAUGAUGAUAAUAGUAAUAAUAAUGACCAUAAUAAUAAUAAUAAUGACGAUGAUAACAAUGAUAGCGGUGCAAAAUUUAUUGAUGUUAUUGAUGAAAGAAGAGUUAAUGCUGACGUUGACAUGAAAGCUGAUUCCGACGCUAAGUACCCUGAUGGGGACGGGAUGAGAAGUGAUAAUAAAAAUGAUAACAGUGAUGAAACCAACAAUAACGACAACAACAACCACAACAACAACAACCACAACAACAACAACAAUGACAACGACGACAAAAACAAUGACAACGACAACAAUAAUAAAAAUGUUAAUAACAACAGCAAUAACAAAACUGAUGAUGAUGGCGAUGAGGGUCUGGUUAAAAAGAACAUCUGCAAUGCCCAACGCUCAGCUGUUGUUGUUGUUGGCUCGGAAAAUUCCAAUACGGAAAAUGUUUCCAUCGUUUCCAACAAUAAUGAUAACAAUAACAAAAACAACAACAAUAAUAAUACUAAUAAAGAUGAUGAUGAUAAUAAUAAGAGUGAUAAAAUCGAUGAUCAUGAUGUGAGUGAAAAUUAA